CAUCAAGAUGCUGCAGGUGCCACUGCCCCUGGACCGCGAUGGGAUCCUCUUCCGGCUCCGCUUCACCACGCUGGCUCUGGGGACUGUGUUUUGCCCUCUCUUUGGGUUCCUGUUCUGUGUGAUCUGGUCUCUGCUCUUCCAUUUUCGGGAGACGACAGCGACUCACUGCGGGGUGCCCAACUACCUGCCGUCCAUCAGCGCGGCCAUCGGAGGCGAGACCCCGCAGCGCUACGUGUGGCGCCUCUGCAUUGGCCUGCACUCGGCUCCGCGCUUCCUGGUGGCCAUCGCCUACUGGAACCACUACCAGAGCUGCCACUGCUCCCACCCGCGCUACCUGCGCCUCUGCCACUGCAACCUGCUGCUCAACCUGCUCGAGAACUUCGCCCUCCUCAUCCUCACCUAUGUGUCCUCCUCUGAAAACUAUGCAAUCCACGAAAACGCCUUCAUCGUGUUCAUCACCUCAGCUCUGGGCCACAUGCUGCUGACCUGCAUCCUCUGGAGGAUGACGAAGAAACACACAGUAAGUCCCGAGGUACAGAAACUUUCCUUCUUCUUUCA